UUUUUCACUCUCCUCUAUCCAAAACUCCAAAAUAUUUCCGAGUCCCAUCACCACCGCGCUCGCACCGAAGCCACAGCACGGAAAAGCGCUUCUCCCUACAGCUACUGCCCAUGGCGUUCCUUCUCCCUCUCACGGAGAUCGCCCCGAUCCGCGGAGCCAAAACCCCUCCCAAUCGCAGAAGCAGCAGCUGCGGCAGCAGAAGCCGCGCGGAGAGGCGGGGCGAAGGCGCUAGGGUUUGCGUGCGCGGGCGCGUCAAGGGCGAGGAGAAGGGGCGGGUGAUUAGGGUUUCGGACCCGAUUCGGGAGCCGCUGGGGCUCGCCCCCCUCUUCUCGGGGUCGCUUCUUCGGGAAUCGUCCUCCUCUUCUCCAUCCUCUCCUCCCUCUUUGAGGGACCAGCAGAGAGAGGCGGGAGACGAUAAGCAGGAUUAUUAUGUUAAUUUGGGGUACGCGAUUCGGACUCUGAGGGAGGAGUUUCCUGAUAUCUUCUACAAGGAGCCUAAAUUUGAUAUCUAUAGAGAUGAUAUUGUCUUCAAAGAUCCUUUGAACACCUUUGUGGGCGUUGAUAGCUACAAACGGAUAUUUUGGGCUCUGAGAUUUAACGGCCGAAUUUUCUUCAAGGCCUUGUGGAUAGACAUAGUCAGCGUAUGGCAACCGGUGGAGAAUGUAAUUAUGAUUCGUUGGAUUGUCCACGGCAUCCCUCGUGUGCCAUGGGAGAGCCAUGGCCGCUUCGACGGCACCUCCGAAUAUAAACUCGACAAAAAUGGCAAAAUAUAUGAGCACCGUGUAGAUAAUGUCGCUCUCAACUCUCCAACGAAAUUUAGGGUUUUGCCAGUGGAGGAGUUAAUCCGGUCUCUUGGCUGUCCGUCUACUCCAAAGCCAACUUAUUUUGAGACAUCAUUAUUAUUUGGCUUCCUGUUAAGAUUCACAUGGACAAGAUGCUACCUUACAUUUUAUCUUACUCUUUCUUUUGUAUGUGCAGCUGAAGGUUGAGAGUAAGUUUUGGGUCUACCAAUAUGCCGCCAAAGUUUUGUCCCAUUUGUUGUAUGAUAGUGUAUCUACUGCUAUGAGUAGAUAUUAGCAUACUAAUUAAUGUAUAAUAUCUGUAUAGUAACUGGUAAUGAAUAAAAUAAAAGCCUUCUUGUUUAAAUUA